ACUGUAAAAAUAAGCUGGUUUCGGCAUAUAUUUCAACUCAUUAUUCUUCUUCAUCCUUUCUUCAAUUCUAAACUUCAGUGGUGCACUCGCAGAAGCACUGCAUAAUUUCCAGAUCUCAGAGAUUCACCACCUUCUCCGGCGAUGGCUCAGCCGCUUAUCAAGAAGGACGAUGACCGUGACGACGAAGAUAAUUACUCCCCUUUUUUGGGGAUUGAAAAGGGGGCUGUUCUUCAAGAGGCCCGGGUUUUUAAUGAUCCACAACUAGAUGCUAGGAGAUGUUCACAGGUUAUCACAAAACUGUUAUACCUACUGAAUCAGGGAGAGACAUUUACAAAGGUUGAAGCCACAGAAGUUUUCUUUUCUGUUACCAAGCUUUUCCAGUCUCGAGAUCUUGGGUUAAGGAGAAUGGUGUACCUGAUUAUAAAGGAACUCUCCCCCUCAGCGGACGAGGUUAUUAUCGUCACGAGUUCUCUCAUGAAGGACAUGAAUAGUAAGACUGAUAUGUAUAGGGCAAAUGCCAUUCGUGUGCUUUGUCGGAUCACGGAUGGGACCCUCCUUACCCAAAUUGAGCGGUAUUUGAAACAAGCAAUUGUAGACAAAAAUCCAGUUGUUGCAAGUGCGGCCCUAGUUAGUGGUAUUCAUCUACUCCAGACAAAUCCUGAGAUUGUAAAAAGGUGGAGCAAUGAGGUUCAGGAAGCUGUACAAUCAAGAGCAGCUCUUGUACAAUUUCACGCACUGGCCUUGCUACAUCAGAUACGGCAGAAUGAUCGACUAGCAGUUAGCAAGCUGGUUACCAGCUUGACAAGGGGAAGUGUUCGCUCACCUUUGGCCCAAUGUCUCUUGAUCCGUUAUACAAGUCAGGUUAUUCGUGAGUCGGGAAAUAUUACACAAUCAGGGGAACGACCCUUCUAUGAUUUUCUUGAAAGUUGCCUUCGUCACAAGUCAGAAAUGGUGAUUUUUGAAGCUGCUAAGGCAAUUACAGACCUUAAUGGUGUAACUAGCCGGGAAUUAACUCCAGCAAUUACUGUUCUUCAGCUCUUCCUAAGUUCUUCCAAGCCAGUAUUGAGAUUUGCUGCUGUCCGCACCUUGAACAAGGUGGCAAUGACACAUCCAAUGGCAGUCACCAACUGCAACAUUGAUAUGGAAAGUUUAAUCUCUGACCAGAACAGAAGCAUUGCCACACUUGCUAUUACUACUCUUUUGAAGACAGGAAAUGAAUCAAGUGUGGAUCGCCUUAUGAAGCAGAUUACAAAUUUCAUGUCUGAUAUUGCUGAUGAGUUCAAAAUUGUUGUUGUUGAAGCAAUAAGAUCAUUGUGCUUGAAGUUUCCUUUAAAAUAUAGAUCUCUGAUGAAUUUCCUGAGUAACAUUCUUAGGGAAGAAGGUGGUUUCGAUUACAAGAAAGCAAUUGUCGACUCAAUAGUGAUUCUUAUUAGAGAUAUCCCUGAUGCUAAGGAAAGUGGGUUACUUCAUCUUUGUGAGUUCAUCGAAGAUUGUGAAUUCACUUACCUGUCGACACAGAUACUCCACUUCCUUGGAAUUGAAGGACCAAAAACAUUGGACCCCAGCAAAUAUAUUCGGUAUAUUUAUAACAGAGUACAUCUCGAGAAUGCAACUGUAAGGGCCAGUGCUGUGAGCACACUAGCCAAAUUUGGUGCUUCUGUUGAUGGAUUAAAGCCCCGCAUAUUUGUUCUGCUAAGGCGAUGUCUUUUUGACAGUGAUGACGAGGUUCGUGAUAGAGCCACACUUUAUCUUAACACACUUGGAGGUGAUACUGAGAUUGAUAAUGAUGCGAAGGACUUCCUCUUCGGCUCACUUGAUAUCCCGCUCGUCAAUCUGGAGACUAGUUUGAAAAAAUACGAGCCUUCGGAAGAGGCUUUUGACAUUAAUUUGGUGCCCAAGGAGGUCAAGUCUCAGCCUCUUGCAGAGAAGAAAGCCCCUGGUAAAAAGCCAACUGGUGGUUUGGGUGCUCCUCCUAGUGGGCCCCCAUCCACCGUAGAUUCAUAUGAAAAGCAACUUCUGUCAAUUCCUGAGUUUGCAAACUUUGGGAAGCCUUUUAAGUCCUCAGCACCUGUGGAGCUUACUGAAGCAGAGACAGAAUAUGCAGUUAAUGUUGUUAAACACAUUUUUGAUACACAUGUUGUGUUUCAGUACAACUGCACAAACACAAUACCCGAACAACUAUUGGAAGAUGUUAUUGUAGUUGUGGAUGCUUCAGAAGCAGAAGAAUUUUCUCAGGUGAUCUCCAAGCCCCUCAGAUCUCUUCCUUAUGAUUCACCUGGGCAGAUUUUUGUGGCGUUUGAGAAGCCUGAGGGAUUGCCAACAUCUGGAAAGUUUUCUAACAUUCUGAGAUUUAUUGUUAAAGAGGUUGACCCAACCUCUGGUGAGGCUGAAGAUGAUGGCGUUGAAGAUGAAUACCAGCUGGAGGAUCUAGAGGUUGUUGCGGCAGAUUACAUAUUGAAAGUGGGGGUGUCUAAUUUCAGGAACGCAUGGGAAAGCAUGGACCCUGAUUCUGAACGAGUGGAUGAAUACGGUCUUGGCCCAAGGGAAGGCUUGUCUGAAGCUGUAAAUACUGUCAUCACUCUUCUUGGCAUGCAACCUUGUGAGGGCACAGAGGUCGUCCCACCUAAUUCAAGGUCACACACAUGCUUAUUGUCGGGUGUAUUCAUAGGGGGUGUGAAGGUACUUGUGCGGCUGUCUUUUGGACUUGAUGGUGCAAAGGAUGUUGCAAUGAAACUGGCUGUCAGAUCUGAUGAUGUAACUGUCAGUGAUGCCAUCCAUGAGAUUGUGGCAAGCGGUUAGUUCCAUUCAAGUCAAGUUAUGUUUACUCAAUGCGGCCAAAAUUUGUAUUAUGGUGAUUGGAGUUAAACAGCCACAUAGCUAGGUGUGUGUAAAGAAUUUCAACUUUGGCUUGGUAUGUGCAAUUUAUUUGUCCCUCACUGCAUGCUUCUUGUCAGACCAGCAACAAUACCCAGAAGUAUCAUGUCGGGUUUAUUAGAGAAAACUUCCAUAGUCAUAAUUAUACUUAAUUUCUUUGUAGCAAAUGUAUUAUGAAUUUUGACAAUUUUCCAGAAUAUUUGUUUUCUCAAUGAAUUGGAUGGAUAUUUGUUAAGUAGCAAAUGUGUUUAGUUGAGUCCAAAAUUACAUCUCGUAUUUGGGCUCAAAGUCUACGCACUUAAUUGCGUAUUUGGGAAAUUUACACUAGCUUGUUAAGUGA